AUGGAACCCUCCUUCGACACAAUGACCAUGCCCUACCUUGCGAGUCCCCUCUCGCUGGGCCACAUGCAGGGCACCGACUAUCUCAAUUCCUUGCCCGGUCUGGAUCUUCCAGAUCAGCGCUCGAAUUUCGACGCCGAAACAUUUAUCAGUGGCGACGACAUGAGUUUCUCACAGGCCAACAUGCCCCAAUUACGACGCUUCAGUUCAUACGAAGAUGCCUUUCCCGCUCCUCCCGAGUUGCUUCCUCCUUUCGAAAGCGGACCCCCAGAGCAACAGAAUAGCGACUCCAUUGAUGGAAACCACAAAUUGCUCUCUUUCUCCCUACCCGUCUACGGCUUCACUCUGCUCGACUACUCCCUCCGCCGUACGUCGUUGAAUGUCUCCGCUCAGUUGCACGGAAUGUUCUUCCUCGCCGAGUCCCCGUGGACCAACUCCCCCAACGAGGUACCACCUCCGCACGUCGCAGAACUUACCUGCUACCGACGAAAUCUGUUUCAGAUCACGGGUUCUGUGACUCUCCCCCGAAGUCUCCGCUAUAUCAUGACUGAACAGGGAGACCGCAUUCCUAUCCUCGCACAAGAGUUGACCGUUUCUGCUACCGAGUCUGUGGAGGGAAAUCCCGUGAAGAUAAUUUCCGUUCCCUGGAAGACACCAGCGGCCGCCGCUGCAAACGGCAGUGCUGUGGCCGCUCCAUCCGCAGCCGAAGAAAAGGCUGAAAAGGAGCCUCCAUCGAUACCUUUAGAUACCAUGGCUGCUGGACAGGACAUGGACUCUGAUUACGCGACCUUCCCCAUCGCCUGGAAGCGCCUCCAAUUCCGAAUAGCUACCGCCAACAAUGGCCGCCGCAAGGAGCUCCAGCAGCACUUUGUCGUUCGUCUCAAGGUUGUUGCAACACUCUCGACUGGGGCCAAGAUUCCCAUCUGCGAGGUACACUCAGGACCAGUCAUUGUACGUGGCCGCAGCCCACGCAACUUCCAAUCUCGCAAGGAUUUGCCCCUUAGCGGCAGUGCAGCAUCCUCCAGAAAGAACCAACAAGCAGCGGCACGAAACAGUGCUAUGGCCGCCGAAGCUCAGGCGAAAGCCACCGCUGCAUCCACCAGCAAGAACACAGCCUCCCCAUCUGAAAUGUCUCAAAUCUUCUCCUUCGACGCGGGCAUGGCACAACCUCGAACGACUUCCUCUCCUCCAUUUGGAGACUGGACGCAGAUCCCUCCUCCAGUCACUACGACGGGCGCUUUGGCGACACCUACUUUUGCUCCUUCGCAUGGACUCCCUGCGUACCCUCAGUCGAGUCCAAGUGUGACUCGCGGUGGUGAACAUUCCUCAAACGUUGCAGGAACACCGCCAAUCAAUCUAUCACUCAUGGAAGAUGACUUCAAAACACCCAAUAAACCUACAGAGUCUCAGCGUGGAAUCAUCUCCCGUGAAAACAGCUCCGCCAGCGUUCCGAUUUCAUUGGCUGGACAGAAGCGUUCCAGCCCCGAAUCCUCUGGGGCACCCCCAGCAAAGAUCCAGAAGAUGGUUCCGAUUUCUAGCAUGUCGAGACCGCGACCGACCAGAUCAAUCUCAGCAUCUCUGCCCGUUUUGCAUMCCUCGAAUGCCCUGCCGCCAUAUCAUGCGGCGCCUUCAUCAUACCCCACUGCGAUGCCUUACUCUGGGGAAACAGCUGAUUUGCUGUACGAGUAUUUCCCAUUGAGUAUGGAUGACUGGCAGGCACCAGUGGAUGCUGUAUACCGGCCGCAUGUGGUACAUCACACACACAUGCCCAUGGACUACAAGUUCAUGGCAUCCCGAAAUCGUAGCAAACGAUAUUUUGCUGCCGAAGACGUUUGCUAG